UUGAUUUUCCCACACUUUUCUGAGAGCCUUUUUUCUCCCCUCCCACACACGCUUGGAUUCGCUGCUGGAUGGAAUGUUCAGCCCACAACUAGAGAGCAGAAUGCUCUGAUUGGCUAAGCACAGAUCUAGAAUCAGAUUUUGUUGGAACUACUAUAAACCAACAUGGCAGCGGGAUUUGCAAGACCUUACCAGUUAGAGCCCGAAUGCUCAAGUUCAGAGGAUUCAGGCGAAGAGGACCAAUUCAUUUCUUUUGGAAGAGGUCAGCAGGACGUUUCAGAGUGGUGCACAUGUGGACAUUGUGAGCGGAUGCCGUCCGAGGUUGAAAAUGUGUGCUGCAGGGAGAUACCUCAGGUCAGAAGAAGAUGUGACGAGCUGCCUGACCCACCACAGUGUAUGGUGGACCACCCAGGCCUGGAACCUGUCUGUCUGAACCCUUAUUCACUGCAGAAUGCACUGAAUAUUUACAGGGCUGAUUAUGGGCCUCUGAGACUCAGAGUAAUGACAAAUCGUUACAGGUAUUUGGCCUACAGAAGUUUUGUCAGCUGGUGCUGGGGGUUUCUUGGUCGAAGGGUCAGGGUUGUUAUCCCUUCAUGCGUCGUCCUUCGAAUAAGGACAGAGUAUGCAGACAGUACCUACACUGGUUUUCGACCUGUGCUGGAUUGAAGCGUGACACAAAUCCUGCAAUGGCCUCUUCCAUGGAUGGCACCGAGAACUCAGCACAAAGAUCCUCUGGAAUGGUGAUCUUCUGCAGCUCUUCAGUCAA